UUAGCCUGAAAAGAACCAAUAAUUGCCAACCACAAAUCCUGGAAAUGAUGUUCACUCGACGAACUUGGGUUACUGCUACUAAACGACUGGCAAUUUUAUAUACUCUUCCCUUCCUGUACAUCAGUUUUUACAGACAUUUUUAUAUGAAUCGCAAGGAUGAGGGUGUUGGUGUAGAUGUGAGAGAGAACAUCAACACUUGGAUAAAUCAUCUGUGUCCAAAGUAUUCCAUAAUUAACACCGUCAACAAAACUCUCAACUGGCGGCCGCUCACCCCAAACACCAUUUUCUUUACUGAAACUUCCUGUGCCCUCAAGUUCUCCCCCAAGAAGGCAUGUGCCGUGGAGAGCGCCGCCCAUCACCACCCACACCGACCUGUCCUGCUGUUGGUGACCGCCCCUGCCAUACUUCACCCACAACCACUACUUCAGUUGGUGGAAGAGCUAGAGAAUGUGGAGUUGGCUUACCUGGAUCUGGACCAGGUCUUCAGUGAAACUCCACUCAAGUCAUGGCAUGAUCAACGUUUCUGGCUCUACAAUGAAGGACGAGUAGCCAACUUCCUCAGUGACGCAGCGCGUGCAGAGCUGUUGCGACGCUAUGGAGGGACCUACCUUGACCUGGACGCCUUGACCUUGUGACCUCUCCCUCACCUUCAUACCUACGUAGGUAGGAUGGAUACCGAAGGGAUAAACUGCGGCAUCUUGAGCUUCCCACCACGACACCCCUUAAUCCAGGGAGUUGUCGAUGACAUACCACGAGUGUUCGAUCCCAACAAUUACAACAGUAUCGGUCCUGCUCUCAUCACUACCCACCUGCAUCAACUGUGUCCUGAGAACUUCGCUACUCCCAGGAACAUCAACAGUACAGUAAUAGACACUUGCCACGGCAUCACCAUCUACCCGAGCAGUGCCUUCACUCCUGUUCUCGCGAUACCUCCCUUCACUGAGUUACAUAAAGUCUUCUUAAAUGGCGAGGGACUUGGAGUCAAGUUCGUGGAGUCAACAGAUUCCUACUCACUCCAUCUUUUCAGCUCUUUUACAGAACUGGAGGCGAUGAUUCUUGGAGGAGAUUCCAUCCUGGAGGAAGUGGCCAAGAAGAAUUGCCCAAGGGUGUAUCACUUUCUUUUUACCCAUAACAUGAAGCUCUGAAUGAUGAUUGGCUUUCCUGCAAAGUAAUGAGUGAUAUUUUCGUGCUAGUAAUACGUAAAUUAGGUUAAAUUAGUUCUCCCUCUUCUUUAAUCAAAGUGGCUACUUUCCUAUUUAUGUUGAAAAUGUAUAAUAUACCGACAAGUUAAUGAGUAAGACACAUGUGCAACAGUUGAGUAUUUUUAUUGUUGAAACGUUUCGUCUACACAGUAGGCGUCUUAAGUCAACUACAGAGGCAGCAAGUGUAGCAGUGAAACGAUGAUGAUGUAAUCAGUCUAUCAACUAAAGUUGAUAGACUGAUGUAACUUUCCUAUUUAAUUUUUGAUGUUACAUUUUGUCGAAUAGUUAAGAACAACAAAUAGUUAAUUUAAUUAAGGUUUUAGUUUGGUAUGCAUAUAAAUAAUGAAAGAAAUCGAUAUAAAGAAUGCAAUUAACUUUAUAUUGAUUUUUUCAAUAUUUUGUGAUUAACUGCCAUAUUAUUGAGGAAUAAAGCUAUGUAAUAUAUAAAAGUAUCUUAUUAAUACAAAUAAGACACCAGGACUUCUGAUGAAUUAUUCUAACAUACUUGUAACAAAUAAACCAGUUGUACACAAAUAUGAAUAUACUGGAGGUCGCCAAUUUUCUUUUCCACCAUCUAAAGCCUAGUUUCAGCCACAGUCUGGAUAUACACC